AUGAAGAUUACUACAGUACUACUUCCCUUCUUCUUCUUCUUCUUCUUCUUCUUUCAGCCAUUUUUUGCAGAAGCAAUUCCAAUACUUGACUAUGACGGCGACCCACUUCGCAGUGGGGUGGAUUAUUAUGUUCUCUCAGCUUUCUGGGGGUUAGGUGGUGGAGGAGUUUCUCUACUCCCAACUCAGAACAACUCGGUCUGCCCACUCAGCGUGGUUCACUUACCAUCCGACUCAGAUUAUGGAAUCCCAGUAAAAUUUUCACCAGUUGAACAAGUUCCCGACGACAUUAUCCAUGAAUCUACCGAGUUAAACAUCAUAUUCGAUGCUCAUUUAAACUGCAAGAAGAAGACGACGACUGUUUGGAAGGUAAACGAGGACCGAACUGUAACCAUUAAUGGAGUCCAAGAAGCUGAAAACAGUAUGUUCGAGAUCGAGAGGGUUCUGUACGUAAGUCUUUUCUACAAGUUCAGAUUCUGCAAUUCUCAUCUACACGUUGGUUGCAGUGAAGUGGGUGUUGAUUCGAAUAGGAAACUAGUCUUGCGUGACGAGCAUCCCAAGGAAUUUGUUUUCGUUAAAGCCUAUAAUUUUGCUUUUUAA